CUGCCGUGAAGCGUGUUCUAUCAUUGGUCGUCUCGUGCAGUUAUUGCGCAACAGUAAGAGAGCUCGUCGUUUGUUAUCUGCAACGUGUUUACGUGUGCUGUUCUUCAAAGUCAUCUGUCACCUAUGACGUGUUCGCGUCGCCCUUUCCCUGCGCUGUUGAGCUGAAUACGACGCAAGCACGCCACUUUCUCGUCGCAGCUCACACCUCAUGUGGCUAGUCGAACGCGCACCGCAUCGACGACACACUUCUAUCGACAAGUGCGUUGCCUGUAUCUGUGAGAACUCUUAUUCCGUGACGAGGCAGCUGCUGUUUUGGCCGCACUUCCACCAAUGAACGACACCACGACUAGCCAUCCUUUGUGAAGAUAUCGAUAAAGACAAGUUUCGUCGGUAUGCGCGAGCCUGCAUAUCAACGCGCGACCGGCUGCAAGGUCUUCUGCUGACAAAGACUAGGAAGUGCGCUUUCCUGGCCAGUUAUUAGUAGGGUCGUGUCGUUAGGGCGCCGAGCUGACUUGUGUCGCCAAAUGUGCGGACAUCUACUUCAACGAGCUUUGGAAGAUUUGCAGCAAAAGUGACAUCGAGGUGGGCAUCCCGGCACGUUGCCAGCUUGCGCUUGACGUCUCGGAAAGCAGUCAGUUUACAAGAAGCCUAUCGAAAGAGGGGUACAGCCGACUGUUAAAACCGGUAAAAUUUAUUUAAGGCAUUUGACCUACGUCUAACAUGUGUACGACACCUCCCUCCGUCAUAUGCAGCUGCGUCAUCAGUUAGUAACCACUCCCUUCCUUACGACUUGCACAGUGUCAAAAAUGACACGCUUUUCCCAGUCAUCCUUGAAAAUACAGCAUCUUCUUCAACGUCUGCUGACAACGCAUCCAACGUGCCAUGACUGUGCGAAAAGGAAUGCCAGCGAACACUGCCUGUUAUCUGCUAGCGAUCAUCGUAGCCUGCUUUAGCGUCAAGCACAACAGACGGCUCAUUUUAACGGCAACCUAGAAAUAUUGACAGAGGCUGCUUGGACGUCGUCCUAUCUCAACUAGUGAAAGAAACUCGUAUGAUGGUGUGCUGUGCCUUCAACGGGAAACGGUGAACAAUUGCUAGCGUCCAUUAGAGCAAAUGCAAUCGACGUGUCGUAGGACAGAAUAGCCAGCCGUGAACUAAACAGGUGACAUGGCGAACCGGAAGGCGCCCGCCUCGGAAAAUGGCGACGAAGCCAAAGUACAGCGGCUUCUGGUGGCGCUCAGGGUGCGGCCCAUACUGCCAUCGGAGGUGGACAAAGGACUGACGUGCAUUGCUCACAAGAUCGACGACAAGACCGUGCUGUUGGUGGACCCGCAGAGCUCCGAGUCCACCGACAAAAGCCGAAACGGCAGCAGCCAGCGAAAGGUGGUCAGCCACCGGUACACCUUCGACUGGACACUGGACGAGAGAAGCUCCCAGGAGGAAGUAUACCGGCAAGUCGGCAAACCUCUGGUCGAGAACCUAUUGCAGGGCUUCAAUGGAGCAGUCUUUGCAUACGGAGCCACGGGUGCCGGCAAGACUUACACCAUGGUCGGCACCGACAAGAGUCCCGGCCUCAUGGUGCGGGUGUUCGACGACAUCUUCCAGUUCGCCAAGCAGAACGACGCCACCACGCGUACCAGUGUGCUCAUCUCGUACAUGGAGAUAUAUAACGAGAACAUCCGUGACCUGCUCAACACUUCCAACAAUUAUCUGGAGCUUCGCGAAGACCCCAUGGGUGGCAACCAAGUCCUGGGACUCUCAGAAGUGGAAGUCACCAACUCUUCCGAGGUCCUACGGCUUCUGCAGAAGGGAAAUAAACGUCGCACCGUGGAGCCGACGGCGGCCAACCAGACGUCAUCGCGGUCGCACGCCCUCUUGCGGGUCUCCAUCCGUCAGUCAAGAAAAGACGUCUCCGAUGCGGAUUCGGCUCGACACCGCGUCGGCAAGCUCUUCAUGGUCGACCUGGCCGGCUCCGAGCGAGCCUCCAAUACCAAGAACACCGGUAUGCGGUUGAAGGAAGGAGCGCACAUCAACAAAUCUCUCCUAGCGCUCGGCAACGUCAUCAACGCCCUUGCCACACGGAACCCCAAGUACGUCAACUUCCGCGACAGCAAGCUGACACGGCUGCUGAAGGAGGCGCUGUCCGGCAACUGCCGCACCGUCAUGGUUGCCCACAUAUCGCCCGCAUCGACGCAUUACGACGAGUCGCGCAACACCCUCGUCUACGCCGAGAGGGCGCGAAACAUCACCAACAAGGUCCGCUGCAACCUGGUGGACGUGUCGCACCACGUGAAGCAGUACCAGAGCAUCAUCACCGAGCUGCGACAGGAGAUCCAGAAGCUCCAGGACAGGAUAGAGAUGAACGACUCCGCGGCGUCCAGGGAGCCUUCGUCUCCCUCGGUGACAACCUCCCCGGACGACGCGCCGGAUGACAACAAGAUGGCCGCGAACGGCGCCAACGGACACAACGGCAACAGGUCUACGGAUGACGAAGAAGAGGCGCAGCGACACCGCGCCGCUAACGACGAGAAAAACGACGGCAGCCAUAACCACCACCACCGGGAAGAGCAGAGGAGGGCCGACUCGGCCUCCAGGGAGCGCCACCAGCACAACGACAGGGCUGACGCCGACCGGGAGAUCCGCGAACUACGGGCAGCGCUCAUGGACGCCUUCAACCGGCAGAUGGAAGUCAGACGCAAGAUGAUGGAGAUCGACAACUUCCUGCUCGCACUCAGCACCGACCUCGAAAAGCUCAGCAUCGUCAUCAACCAAUGGGAGACCCAAAAGGUCAAGUAUGAAGCGACGGAAAGCGAAGGUUCCCCGGAAGAGGAACCAGGCUACAUCCGGCAAGCCUGGGAGGACAUCGAGUACAUCCAGGGGGAGCAGCAGAAGUUCCUUGCCAUGCGCGAAGACGUUGAGAAGGAGUUCGAAGAGGCCAGGGAACACACGUACAGGCUCACAGAGAAUUUGCCAAACGUGGCGAGUUCUGAAGAGCAGCGUGAACUCCUCAGGUUACUGACCCAAGUCCACAAACUCGAAGUGGAAAAGAUCGAGAUGCAGACCGACCAACUGAUCAGAGAGCACGAGUUGAGGCAGCGGGACCUGAUGAUAGUGCGGUACGACCGCCAACGGUUGCUGUGCGACGAGAUCAUCGGCAAGCAGAAGGUGCUCAUUGACGAACUGUCUUCCGGAAUGCGACGCCGAAAAGCGAGAAAUGCCCAAGCCACCAGGGAACUGAACGAACUGUAUCGCAUCUACCAGCAAGAAAUUCAUGACCUGAGCACGGGUCGAGACUCCGUCAUGAAACACUUGAACGUGAAUCCUUACCGGCCAAACUCUGUCCUGGGCCUCCGACCUCUCGGCUCCAGCGAGAGCAUGUGGGAUUUGAGCCACAUGGAACCUCUCCGGGAGGAAGACGACCGCGUUGAAUCCCAAGGCGUUCCCCUGUCCAGUCAGAGCGACAACGUGGCGGUCAGGAGACACGAGGCUCUCCGCGCUCACCGAGACGCCGGAGGAGGAGGAGGAGGGGCAGUCGCAGGAGCGAGGAGAGUACGGACAACCCGCCACGGCCAGCACCACGGCGCCAACGGGAGCAGCGGCGGGAGCAGCGACAGUGUCUCCGAACCGCCGCACACACCCGGAAGUAGUCUGCUGUCACACCUGCCUCCCGUGGAGUUGACCAACUAUGUCAGCCAUCGAGAAGACAUCGAGGAGAGCACGAGGCGCAUUUCCAGUCUGGCCAACCAGAGGAGGUUCUUACGCACCGCCGAGCGCUCGCGUAGCCAGUUGUUCGAAAGUACGUCGCCGGGAACUCCGCAGGUGCGCCGCUACGUGGGUUCCAACGGAAGCUCCGUGGCGUCGUCUGCCCUCGCCAACGGCACGUCGUCUGCUCUGGAUCGGAGGCUGCUACAUCCGGCCUACCGAAGGGACUCCCUUGAGUCUUUGCCGCAGCUACAUGACGGCUACCGCAGGACCCCGAGGAAGAAAGAUGCGACGCUUCGCUACCGCGUCCUGCGAACUGUCGGCAGCGGCGCGGGCCGGCGGCCUCUGCCGGCCAGGACUGCGACGGCCACCGUGAGGCAAGGCACCCGCGGUCGCAUCACGCUGCAAGACGUGCUCCGAUUCUACGUGGAACGCUGAACCGCGUAGCCGCAUCACGCUGCAAGACGUGCUCCGAUUCUACGUGGAACGCUGAACCGCGUAGCCGCAUCACGCUGCAAGACGUGCUCCGAUUCUACGUGGAACGCUGAACCGUGCAUAGGUGUGUGCGCGUGGGUGCCCCACCGACGUCGGAAUUCGGCGGGAUCCUUCCCCUGGCUACGCCCGUGGGUGCCACCGGAGGCAACUUUGGGGACAGUGACCGCUAAAGAAUGUGAGCUCUGCCUCGACGCAGGGCCAUAAGACUGCUGCGCCCCGCAGAAAUGUUCUGAGCGUUCCCGUGCAAGGUAUUCAGCAUGUCGCGUGUUUGCAGGGCCAGGUAUGUACAACAUGUGUGGUUAACCCGACACAAUCCACGCGUACAAGGCGCUCUGCUGUAAUGCUAGACUUUGCGGAUUAAACCCCCCUCCCCCCCCCCCCCCACCCCGCGAAAUGUUCGCAAGCUACUCGGCAGUGAUAAGUGGGAUAGUUGACUUUCCGUGCAUUAGAAACGUACUGCUUUCUAUCUGUGGCUUAUGGCCAUUAUGGUACGCCGGUGCUGCUGACGUGCGACGAUUGCAGUGCUUUUCUCAAACGACACAAGAGCCAAAGUUCUGGAUCAAGGUUCAAGCAAAAUAGGCCAGAAGACUUGAGAAACGCAUUCUUACAGUAGAAAUUCCGUCCAGUUUGUAUUACACAGUACAGGUGCCAUGUGGCAUCAACGUGACAUGGUGUACAGUCAUCUCCGCCCGAAUUCGCACGGCGUGCGAGUGGUCUGAAGUGCUUCGCAAAGGUUUUCCUAGUCAUUCGACCUUGCGAAACGCUGCAACAUGCUUUUGCAGUACUUUUUUCUGACGCAUUGUGCUGUAACGUAGCGUUGAAACACAAAGUGUACACGAAUUUAACCGGUCGGAACGGUUCUCUGUGUAGCCGUUCUGAAUUACGGAUGUAAUUAUAAAUGUAUAUUCUGCUAACGACAGUUGUUCAUUGUUUGUCCUUAAGUGUUGUAUUGUGCUCAUGAACGACGAUAACGUAUGCCUUCAUGAGGUCAUGAGCAUUGAAUUGUUAGUAGAAAACCACUACUCGAGUUCGGCCUACGCUUGGCAAUUCCCCGGAUGUAUCUGUAUAAACAUGUCGUCUGUCAGGGACGGUUCUAGUUCGCAUGGCCCUUGACCUAAACUGGCGCUGAAGUGAAACAUGAAGUUAAACUGUAUUCAUAAAUUAUGCUUCUUCUAUAGCGCUACUGUCACUCUUAUCGCGAGUGAAGGUAUGGUAAGUCGGUAAAACGCAAGAACGGAAAACGGAUGGCAGCGUCUUUCUGAACUUCCCGUAUACCAGCUUGCCGCAAUGUCAUGGAUAUCUAGCAGCGUCUGCUCCGGUCCAGGUAAUAGCGUAUCAGUGAAGAAAAAAAGACUUCUUUGCAUUCUGAACAAACAAUAUAGUCAGCCUAAUGAGAUUCGAUCGCGAACGUUUCUGCACCAAAACUGGCCCGUGUACAAGAAAAAAUGUUUAGCUUAUUGAUGUCACACGGACGCAUCCGCGCUCUGGUUUCACGGCGAGAUUCAAGAAAGAGAGUCUUCGUUUUGUGCAGUAAUGUUCCUAAAUAGAGUUGGGAAGGCACAGUCCUCUAGUGUAAAUUGGUCUAAUGUUUCUCUUUAAUGUCUCUCUGUAAUCGAUUGGGAACCUCUCGAGUCUGCUCCCUCCCUGCGAACAGUCAACAAAAACACUAUGCUUUAAAGAGGACAGGAUUUUGUAUGCUUCACGACGUUCGAAUGUCAAUUUCCGGCUUAGAGUAUUGUAAUUAGCUGCUUUCUGUAAACACGUACUGAAUCCUUCCCUACAGUGAUUGGACCACGGUGCAACUACAAUAAAAAGAAAAAAAAAAGACAGAGCUCGUUUCGGUCGCUCCAGUGAUCAUCGUGUUCAGACAUCCUGUUUCAUAUCAGCGCCUAGACACUCAUCCCCCACUUACAAUUCGCGUGUGAAUAUCACUCGAUUUGUUCUGAGACAACGGUUAUAUAUUUGUUCCCGGAUGGACAUCGGUGAGUCCUCCUGUCCGCUUUCGGGUCGAAAAUUGACUGCCAACAAAGAGUAAAGCAGCACGAACCAUGGGAGUUCAGUGCUAUCAUCAGAAACUGUUCAGUCGCUAACUAGGUAAUCGCACGGCCAGCUUUUUAACAUCCAUUUUUUUUUCGAUGUCAAGCAGAACGCAAUAAGAAAAUGGCGGAAAAUGGCGCUGUACUUGCAUCUGGGGCAACUUGGUUAAUCAUUUCUUGAGCUAGCUGUGGCUGACAGCCAUUGUUUAGCAAUGCAGGUGUCUUGUUGCAGCACAGUAGUAAGGGUAUGCGAAUAUUUUAAGAAACGUAAGUUGUCUUCAAGAACUCGUAUGGCUCUGUCAGCUGGUCGUAACUUGCAAAGGCCCGCUAAGGAGUUAGACCAUCCGGGGAGCACGUGAUCAGCUUCCCUGUCUGCUCCUUCAUUCCUUGUCUGAGUUUCUCCCGCGUUCGUGACUUGAGUGACGGUUCCUUAGAGUUACUUAUUUGUUUGGUUUUAAUAAAUUCUUUCAAUUCUGAGCAGCGACGUUCUUGGUUCUCUUUUUAUUGUGCCAUGCUUGGCGUCUAAGACAGCACGAUGAAUCGGCACCGAAUAAGGAAAAUUUCAGUUCUUGACAUCGCCUGUUCUGAACAUACAAGUGAACGAAAUAAACAUGUGUCUCAGCAUCAGCCUUCCCUUGUAUAACGCCGUGAACCUAUGUGAUUGCAUUGAAAGUAUUCCUUACCGAAAUCGGUUUCCUUGUACAGCGCGGCUUGGCCGCUGAGUCCGCAUAUCGUUGAUGCCUUGUGUUGCGAUGCUGUGCUGUGUGCGUUACGUUGUGAAACAGCACUGUUGUUCUUUAAGUGCGAAGGUGGCUAAUUGCCGACUUGGUGCAUCAAGCUACGGGACCAAACGUAGCCUUUCUAUUGGAAGAAGAAAAAAAAUAAACUUCCUGUUUUCGUUGGGCCUCGUGACCAUGGAGUUUCCUACGCAGAUCACUAGAGGGAAAUACGGCACUGAAAUCUCAGCCCUAGUUAAAACCAGAAUCAGCACAGAUUGAAGGUGUACAAUGUGACAUGACUUCGUUGUCACGGCUCAUUAGAGCUUCUUCAGCUAUUAUGCUUACGGUCAUCACAACGUUUGCCUUGUAGUAGUAAAUGACUGUUACGCUCACAGCCAAUGUAUUAUAUUAAGUAUUUGCCAGCCGUUAAGUAAACAGUGGCACUUUCGAGCUUCGGUGGCGCCCAAUCUCUAUAUUGAUGUUGUGUAGCACAGAUCAUGCGGAAGAUCUCUCACUUUUUAAGUAAAUAGAUAGGUUGGUUUUUAUUUAUUUAUUUAUUUAUUUAUUUAUUUAUUUAUUUACUGAAGCCCUGAGCAGCCUAUGAUAUCAGUGGCAUUGAUACAACGUAGAACAAACUUCAACGAGAGCAAUAUUAUGUUAAAAUUCAGGACGUCAGGUCACCUACAGUAAUGAUCGUAAGAAAAGGGCACAUCAUUAAAAAACAAGCACUUGUAGAAAUUGGAGGGUGAAUGAGUAUAAUCGCAAACAGACAACAAAUUCGUGAUGAAACAAUGAGUUUCGAGCACUUUUAAUCUGAAGAGUUCGGAGUCGGUAGGACGAAGUUCAGUGCAAAUCUGCAGCCACAGCCCGCCGCUCCCGUACCGGUCUUUAAACAGCCAUAAUUUCCCACUAGUGUUGAUGGCGUGAAACUCCAUGCUUGCGACCAGUGUUUGUACUCUAGUAUUUGUCAGCAGGCAAUAAACAGGUUGGCGUUA